AUGCCCGGAACGGGCACUAUUCUUGAUUCUACAAUUAUAUCAAUGAGACCUAUGGAUAUGACUCAACCGUUACGACAUGGAUCAGGUGGGACUACAACGAACUUUUCAACUGUACCCGAUGAUCGUGAAAUUUUCAAAGCUUUACAUGAUUGUAUGAAAGAUGUAGGAAAAUUUCGACAAUAUAAUUAUUAUCUUGGCACUUCAUGUGAUACAACCAAACUACGAAACAAAAUUCAAAAAUUAAAAGAACGAAUUAAUCGAAGUUUCUUUCAUCAACGAGAACUAAUAGGAAACGGAGCAAUAUCAACAGGAUUACCUAAAAGCGGAUUAGCUAUACGUCGUUUUGAAAAAUGCUUGUGUUUUACAUUAGCCGCAAUGAAUUAUUAUGAAGAUUUACUUCAUAAAUUUUCUAUUCUACUUGUCUAUUUUCCUCUAGCUACUGGAGAUCGUACAAAUGUUGUUAAUUUGGGUUUUGAAGAUUCAACCAUAAAUGCCGAUGACGUUUCAUAUGAAAAUCAUGAAAAUGAAGAAAAUGAAACAAACCGUUAUAUUGAAUUAUUGAAUGAAAUUCAAGGCGUUCAAAGACUUCGUGAUGAAAUUGAACAAAUAGAUAUUUAUCAAUUGCGACAUCAUGCAACAUCAUAUUCAAAAGAUUUUGUUGAAAAUAUGCAUAGAUACACAGCGGAAGUAUUAACUGACGAUAAUAUUAGAAAACCGAAAAAGAGACAUCGUCUAACACGCUGUUAUUAUUUAAAUGAAGACUCUGCGACUUCCUUUUCAAUGAUUCAUCGACGAGUUAAUCGACGAGAAUUUCUCUGUUCGUUAGUAGUUAUAUUAUCAGUAUUAAUUAUUGUUGGUAUUAUUAUUGUUAUUAUUGUCAUAUCAAAACGAGCGCCUGCUGGCCAAUGA